AUGGAGAAAAAGCUUUAUUGCAUUUUUCAGUAUGCAUUCCUAAUCACCAUAACCUUCCCAAUGCUUUCUUCUGAAUCCAAACAACCUCUGAGCCUUGCAACUGAUUGGACGACCAACUCCACCUCCGUCACUUGCAGCUUGCGCCAUCACAGAGUAGCUGCCUUGAAUCUCUCCAACAUGGCUCUCUCCGCCACUAUUCCACCGCAGCUCGGAAACCUCUCCUUCCUCGUCUCCCUCGACCUCAGAAACAAUCUUUUCCAUGGAGAUUUGCCUCAAGAGCUGUCUCUCCUUCGCCGUUUGAAGUUCAUAUCUUUCCGACUCAACAACUUCACCGGAGACAUCCCUCCGAUGUUGGGUCAGUUACCAAAAUUAGAGUACUUGAAUUUACGCAACAACAGCUUCAUGGGUUCCAUCCCAAAAUCUCUCUCAAACCUCACAAACCUACAAUUUCUUUACUUAUCUUCCAAUUCUCUAAGUGGAGAAAUUCCAAAAGAGUUUGGGAGACUUCAAAGUCUACAAACUCUAGCUGUUCAAUUCAAUCGUCUAUCCGGUGCUAUAGACAAUUUCUCAUAA